AUGAAGCCAGAACAGAGCGAGAAAAAAAAGUCCCUUGACCUUGAAGACUGCUCUGGCCAAUCUUUUUCCCAUGCACAUCCUCUGGCUGGACCCCCCAGGCCAAAUCUUCCUCUCGCCUGGCAGGUUACCAUGAUUGUGCUCACAUGCAUGUGUACCUUUGGAAACCAUUGGUCAAAUGGUCUAAUCGCUGCCCUCAAAACGACAAUUGAAAAGAAUCUAGAUAUCAAUAACUCCAAGUUUGCUGCUUUGGUAUCUGUUACUAAUCUUAUCAAUACUUUUCUCUGUAUCGGUUUUGGAUUUGUCAUAGACAGAUUUGGCGGUCCGCUGCUGACAGUUAUAUUGGCAUUUUGUCACUUGGCAGGAGCUUUGAUAGAGGCAGGCUCAGCAACCAACCAUCUGAAUAGCUACAAUGUUCUGAUCGCCGGCAAAGUCAUCGCCGCAAUUGGCGAUGGUUCGCUAGACAACGCCCAACAUAGGAUUUUUGCAACCUACUUCGCUCCCGGGAAGGGACUUGCAUUUUCAAUUGAUUCUGAUCCUCCCAUGCAUUACAUUUAUUACCUUCUUCUUCCCCAUGAAGGAAUGAUCUGGUCAAUGGCAAAUUUGGCUCAAUUUGUAGGACAAAGCACGGCAAAUGUGAUUUCAAAAAAACUAGGAUCUUUUGCAUGGCCACUUUGGAUCAGUUCUGCCAUUAGCCUCUUCUCCUUUCUAUGUGCAAUAGCUGUGUUCCUCUUGGAUCGAUACUUACAGUCGCAGUAUAAUGUCAUAGACCAAACUGCUCGUAACAGAAAGCAGAAUACAGACGCUAGGACCGUAAAAUCGACGGCCAUUAGGAUUGCGGCGGUACGACACCUUCCACUUACGUUUUGGAUUGUCGUCCUCUUUUCCGUCUUUGAAAACUCGGGCAUGCAGUCUUUCUUGUCGAUAUCUACGUCCGCAGUUCGCACAACAAAGGCUAAAAAAGGGGGCUGUGGUUGGUGGCUGGGUAUCGAGCUUUUACCUUCUCUUGCCGGUGGGCAUAACUCCUUUCUUGGGUAUCUUUAUCGACAGGUUUGGGCACCGAAUAUCGAUCUUGUUCCGGCAUUUGUUUGUGCUUAUGUACUCUACGCUAUAUCUCAGAGUAUUACACCGGCACCUCAAGUAGAAAUCAUUCGCAACAUUAUUCCAGAUCCUCGUUUCUAUGCCACAGCAUUCGCUAUUAAAAAGUCCGUUGUCCAAGCUUCUGUUGUGAUCAUUGUCACAGCCGCAGGCAAAAUUCAGGACCUUUCUCCCACCGCGUCUCUUGCGAGUUCGGUGACUCUAUGGCUCGUUUACGCUUUUGUUUCCGUAUUGGUAUCCGGUGCUCUGCUACUCGCAUGUUACACAACUUACGGGAAGCAAAUUCUGCCUGCGGCACGGCUGUCACAGAUUCGUCCACGAAGAUUAGGGUCAGAAAUUGAACUUCUGUGGCGUUGUAACCGCAGCACCAGCAGUAUUAGUGAUACCCUGAAAGAGAACGUCGAGAUUGUGGAGACCUCACCGGAGGACAGAAUACUUCGGCUGCAGCUUUUGGAGCAUAGCCUUAAAAGCCCGAUCGAUUCGAGCCUAUCCUUGUAUACGCGCUGGGGCUCUGUGAUCGCUAGCUUGGUGGUAAUUGUUAUAGCGUGGGUUAUCUUCGGCCUUGGUAUAGAGUGGGGUGUGCACGGUUGUUGCAAGACCAGUAGGCGACUGAUGACACAGCUCAUAUUCGGACGGUGA